AGGAAAUUGGGAUGUUCUAAAUUGAAGAAUCGGUUGCGAGAAUUGGCGCAGACUGAAAUCAGUGGGGUAGGACAUGAACCAAUGAAAUUGGCUCAGAAGGUUUUGAUGAAUAUGCGUGCGGUGCUGAUGGAGGCGCAGAAACUCAAACCAACUGAGCGUCACUACGUUGUCGCGGACAUUCUGUUUCUCAUCGCUAAUACGGAGACAUACUUCACAAAGAACGAAUAUAAAAACAUAGUAUCGGAUACAGUCGAGAUCACUGCUGCAGAUGUGGGGGCAGUAUCACGCCCUAAGCAGCCCAUUAAGGGUAAAAAAUACAACAAUCAGCACAUCUGGGGACAGCUACAUUUCUGGGAUAGGCAAACCAUCAAUGAACCAGAUCAG